GUUGUCCGGGCACGGGACAGAUUUGACAGCGCAACAAAAUCAAAACACAGUGAUAAGAAAGAAACAAUAGAACAAAUAUCGCAUAAUUCCUCGUAAAACCAAAUGUUCUGUGAAGUAAAUCGUGUGUAAAUGCUUGUUAAUUUUGUUUUUAUUUGAUGGUUAUUUCGGAAAGGUUUUUAAGCCUAAAAAACGAUAGUGAAAAAGGACAAAACUCUUGGGGGCGAUCGUACGGAUUCGCGACGUAAUUGGUGUUGUGUUGGUUUAAUUAAUUGUGUCUGUUUGUUGUGUAGAUAAUAUCAGAUUCCUUCUUACACUACUGUGUUAGAAAAUGAGCUACCAGGAUGAGGAAGAACAGGUGGGAUCGUUUCCGAAGGACUUUGGGUACGGGGACUUUGAGCAUGAGAGUGACGGGAACCGGGUUUCGGAUGAUAAGCCUCGAAUACUGCUGAUGGGGCUCCGGCGCUCCGGCAAGAGCUCCAUCCAGAAGGUGGUCUUCCACAAGAUGUCCCCCAACGAAACGCUCUUCCUUGAGUCGACGAACAAAAUCGUCAAGGACGACAUCAACAACAACAGCUUUGUGCAGUUCCAGAUCUGGGACUUUCCCGGGCAGAUAGAUUUCUUCGAUCCGACGUUCGACUCGGACAUGAUUUUCGGCGGCUGCGGGGCGCUCGUGUUCGUAAUCGAUGCGCAGGACGAUUACGUCGAGGCACUGACGAAGCUGAACCAAACCGUCACCAAGGCGUACAAGGUCAAUCCGCGCAUCAAGUUUGAGGUGUUCAUCCACAAGGUGGACGGGGUGAGCGAUGACUUUAAGAUGGAAUCGCAGCGGGACAUACACUCGCGGGCGACUGACGAUCUGCUCGAUGCUGGGCUGGAGGGUGUCCAUCUGAACUUUCACCUCACCUCGAUCUACGAUCAUUCGAUCUUUGAGGCGUUCUCGAAGGUGGUGCAAAAGCUAAUUCCCCAGCUGGCGGCACUCGAGAAUCUGUUGAAUCUGUUCAUCCACAAUUCGGGCAUCGAAAAAGCGUUCCUGUUCGAUGUGGUGUCGAAGAUCUAUAUCGCAACCGAUGCAACGCCGGUGGACAUGCAAAGCUACGAGCUGUGCUGCGACAUGAUUGAUGUGGUAAUUGAUCUUUCCUGCAUCUAUGGCUCCCGGGACAAUCCGGAUGUGCCGGCGUUCGACAACCAGAGCUCGAGCAUUAUCAAAAUGAACAACAGCACGGUGCUGUACCUGCGGGAGGUGAACAAAUUCCUCGCCCUGGUGUGCAUCAUCCGGGAGGAAAGCUUCUCCCGGCAGGGUGUGAUCGAUUACAACUUCCUGUGCUUCCGGGAAGCGAUCACGCAGGUGUUUGAGCUACGCUUCAAGCACCAGAAGCUGGAGGCCAUCGAACAGGACUCGGACAAUCUGGAGGACUUGCGAGAUUUCGACCGAGAGGAUGUCAUAUCCUCUAUGAAGCGGUUCCAGGAUUAAGGAGGGGCCACAUACGGUGGUGAUGCCCCACACGGUGGUUAAACUUCCUACAAGGCAAAAUUGUGUGUAAAAAAAAGCAACGCAAGAAGAUAUUCAGGGAUAAGUGCAAAGUGCAAGUUGAACCGAGCGAAGGAUUCGCUUAGAGCAGCUCAUGCAGAAGUUUAUGUUUUGAAAUUGUUGGGUUUUUUUUUAAAGCUAAUGCUUAUUUUGAAACUGUUUACAUCCUUUUAAAGCGAGAAAGUGCAUCACGCAGACAGUGAAACUAACGCCUAAAGUAAUGCUUAAAUGUUAUCUUCAAUGUGUUAAGCCUGAUUCGUAUGUUUUUUUGGCUGGAAGAGUUGUCCUAUAUAAUUGCAAUGAAAAGCCAUCUCGCGAGAGCGAGAAGAAAUGUA